ACACUCGGUCGUCGGCGGCGGCGCAUUUCUGCCCAAAGCGCACAGCGAUGCGGCUCUGAGACGGGGGCAAGAAAAAAGACCAAAAAUCUCCGCAGAGGCAGUAAAACGGCGCUCCGUGGCAAAACCGAGGCGUGUUCCGGAGCUCCGCGGCCUCACAUCAGGAUGAAAUAGGAGUAUUUUUCUAUAAAUAAGCAGCACUUUUGUAUUAUUGUUAUUAUUCGUAUCAUUUUGUUCCUGGAUCCUGGUUUUCCGUCAAGGGGACGCCACCCGACAUCCGUGUUUUCACUCCGCGCACAGGCAUGACCGCUUGAGCUUUCCUUUUUUGUGCUAUUUUACGCACUACCUCGCUUUUUUCUCCUCCAUAAGGCCUGUCUUUAUUAAAGAGGGGCUCGAUAUGGUGGACUCGAAUGCGAUGAGGAAGACUUUCGUGGUCCCGGACGUGAAACCUUUGGAUCAGUACGACAUUACCCGAGCUAAGAUCUGCGCCAGUGUGGGCUGGCUUCUGGCGAAAUCCUACGGCAAUGCAGACAAUGUUCCAGUGGAGCUGCGAGACCCCUUCUAUCUUGACCAAUAUGAGCAAGAGCACUUGAAGCCCCCUGUGACGCGGCUGCUUCAAUCUCCCGAGCUCUAUUGCCGAACCUAUGGCCUGUUGCAAGCUGAGGGCCAAGGGCCCAACAGGACUCCAAAAGACAACACCAGCCUCUUACAGACUCUCAGCCAAAGAGGCUUAACCCCAAAAGACCAGAACACGCCAGUGACUGAAGCAGACCUCCAGCACAAGCCUAUCAAAAUGAGCGCCCACUUAGCAGUGAUGGAUGCUUUAAUGGCAGUGGGAGCCAUGGAGACGGUGAGGGCGAGCGGAGGAGUGGAGAGACUCGGGGGAGAAGAUGACUGGGAGAGAACGCUGCUUCACUGGGUCAACACAUUAAACGAGAAGCUGAAGGCACGGACAGAGUGUGACCAAACCCAGCAGAGUACAGAGCCACAGCCUGUCCAGGCCUCGUGUCCCACCCGCUGGUACUGGAAACUUGUUCCUCUCCGGUACAGGAAGGAUAAGCUGCUGUCUAAGCUCCAGCCCUGUUUUCCUGCCGUGAAUGAAGUGAAGGAUCUGUCUAACGGCUGUGCCGUAGCCGCUGUCAUACACUACUACUGUCCUGGCCUGCUGCGCUUAGAAGAUGUAUGUAUGAAGGAAUCCAUGUCUUUGGCCGACAGUCUUUACAAUCUGCAACUCAUUCGUGAGUUCUGUGAAAGUUGUCUGAAGAGCUGCUGCCCCCUUAUGUUGGAGGACAUGCUUUACAGCCCACCUGAAUUACAGGUAAAUCUGCUAAGCUUUUUGGCAGAGCUCUUGUGUUGGUUUGAAGUGUCAAAGCCCGAGUUUGUUCAGCCUCUGAAUGGCACGGAGCUCACAGAGUCCUCUGGAAGGACAGAAAAUGGCAACAGCGGUUCUGGCAGCAGCUCUCCCUCCUUAUUUAAAAAGCCAUUCUUGCCAAUAUCCCCAGCCACACCAAUUCCAGGCUCUCUGACUCAGUCUACCUCAAUGUCUCAUGUAGAGGCAGCUGGACGAUCAUGGAGUAAAAAUCCCCUCAGUCGUCCUCUGUCAUCUGCUGUGUCCUUCAGUAUCCCCUUUGGUCUGGACAGUGAUGUGGACAUAGUGAUGGGAAACCCUGUCAUCAUGCGCUCUGUCAGUUCGGAUAACCUAAAUCCUGCUGGACCGGCUGUGAAACGUGUCCAUCCCACCCCUCCUGAGGACAUCACCAGGUCUCCAGGACCUAAUGGCCCCCAUCGUCCGUCUUGGGCUUCACGUAGUCCUGCGGUGCCCCUCUUAGCUGAAGAGAAUGGACUCGAUGAGGGUGACGUAGCUGGUUUGCCGACCAUCGAGGAAGCCUUGCAAAUCAUUCACAAUGAGAGCAAAAUGGAGCCACGCUCCCAUCCAGAGGGCGCUCCUGAUGGAUUCUAUUUGCACUCACCGGAAGACCCAGCCAGUCGUAGACAUAAUGGUAGCCCUUCCAUCCUCAGUGACUCUGCUCCUUCUGGUGCAGGAAUGCCACACAGGCCGGCGGGAAAUGUGAACCGCACCAGACGGACAUCUGAUGGCUCAAGAGACGAUGACUCUGUCCUAAGAGAUGGCAGUGUAGACUCUGAUGCCUCAGAGGAUUUGCCAAAAGCUCAAUCCACACCCACAACGCCAGCAGCUGGUUCUCGAGUGGCUAAUUCAUCUGGGCCAGAGACCCCAGACAGCGGUGUGAAAAUGACUAACUUUGCUGAACGUAAAAAGAAACUGGCUCAGGAGCAGCCGAUUCCCAGUGAGGACACACAGAUGACCACCUGGGCAGCCAAAAAGAUUCAGGAGAGCCCUAGCAAAAGUCCAGCACUCACCAAUGAAAUGUCUGAGCUUGGAGCAAGACUGGAGGAAAAACGCAAGGCCAUCGAGGCUCAAAAAAGGCGUAUUGAGGCCAUUUUUGCCAAGCAUCGACAGAGGCUGGGGAAAAGUGCCUUCUUGCAGUUGAAGAAAGAGCAGGAAGGUGAUGACAAGGAAGAAGGUGCAGAGGUGGGUGGUGCAUCCUCUGUGGAGGAAGACCUAAGACGCAUGUCAUUAGAUGAGCGGCUAGCACGCAUAGAGAAUGAUGAAGGGGAUACAAAGCAGGAGAAGGAGCAGGGCGAUGAGAGGGUACAAACUCCUGCAGAACAGACCUCUAAAGACAAAACAGUUGCAGGAUCAUUGGGUGACAAAACUAGUGUUCCGUUGGGUGAUUAUAACAAUGCCGUGUCAAAACUAAAUGCAGCCUUGAGCUCAUUGCAGAGUGAUAUGCAGCGCUUGUCUGAUCAGCAGAACCAGCUCUUGAAGAAGAAAAUCCCCUCUGCCAACCAAGCAUGGGUCAUCCCACCCAACAUAAAGAGCUCCACUUCAGCAGCAACUCCACGUCUGUCCAGGGAAUCAACUCGUGACUUGACGCCCAACUCUGCCUCAUCGUCACCUUCUCCAUCUCGUAGGAUCAGCUCUCAAGCAGUGCCCCCAAAAUCGCCCGGAUCCCACCGCCGGGCUCAAUCUGCACCUCCAAAAAGCCCCAAAAAUCAGCAUUACUCAAGGACCGCAGAUCCGAAGGCGCCAGCUCUGACCCGGGUCAUCACCGCCCCACAUAAUGUGGACAGUAUCCCUCAUCGAAGGAAAGUAUCCCCUUGGCAAUGCAAAGACCAGACUUCAUCUUCUUUCAGCAUCGGCUCGCCAGUCCCCCAAAGCGACUCCCGUCCUCCCUCUCGCCCCCUCAGUGACGACCCGAGUGAUGACCAAACUGUCUUCAGCCUGGAACUCGAUGGAGGCUCCAACCAUUUUCCAAGCAGGAAGGAACAACAAGGAGGCAGCAGUUCUGGUGCUCCAUCAGAGUGUUCCUUUGAAAGCGACAUACCAGCAUCUGCCUUUGCCCGCAAACCCAGCAGCCUGAUCGAGAUCCCGUUGUCCUCCCUGAGUGGGUUUGGUGGAGAUGAUGCUGAAUGUGGCCCUGAUGCCGCCUCUGACUCCAUGAGCGACCAAACCGACUCGGAAUUAAAAGCUGGUGUUGGCUUUUUCUUUAAGGAUGAGGCUCGACCAGAGGAUGAGAUGGCUCAGAGGAGAGCUGCACUGCUGGAAAAGCAGCAAAAGAGAGCAGAGGAAAUGAAAAGGAAGAAACAAGAGCAGGAACGAGAGAGGGAGACAAGCAGGCGCAAUUCCAUGGAUGAGCUUGAGCGACCCCAGACGCCCAGCACACCUCCCCCACCACGCACUCCUCCAGCACACACUCCUCCUCCUGAUGCAAUUUCGCACAGACGCGGAAACUUCACUCGACAAGAGUACGAACGCCGCCAUCAGCUUAAGAUCAUGGAAGAUUUGGACAAGGUACUGCGCCAGAAGCCCACCACUGUCCGAGGUGUGAAGAAACAGCGUCCCAAAACCGUGUUCCGAGACGAUUCAGGCCUCUCCCGCAGCCCAGCUAAAGGUUUGCUGGGUUCUAGACUGAACAAAGUGUAUUCUCACUCCACUAUGAACCUGUCCUCUAUGGCCAAUGACAGUGGGACACUUACAAUUAGGAAAUCCCCAAGUCGCUCUCACUCUCCAGCGAGAUUGAUGUCUCCAGGUCGUGUGGCCACACAAAAUGGUGAUAAAGACUGGGAGACAGCAUCCGCCCUUUCCUCACCAGCUUCCAUCCCUGAGUAUACUGGACCCAAACUGUAUAAAGAGCCAAGCUUCAAAUCCAAUAAGUUCAUAAUCCACAAUGCUAUCUCACGGUGCUGUUUGGCAGGCAAGGUCAACGAACCGCAGAAAAACAAGAUCAUUGAGGAAAUGGAAAAGAGCACUGCCAACCACUUUCUCAUCCUCUUCCGGGAUUCCAGUUGCCAAUUCCGGGCGGUUUACACCAUGAACCCGGAGACGGAGGAGCUGGUGCGUUUGACUGGCAUCGGCCCGCGGGUCAUCAGCCUCUCCGUAGUUGAGUCGAUCUACAAAUACAGCUCUGACCGCAAGCAGUUCUCGGUCAUUCCAUCUAAAACCAUGUCUAUGAGCGUGGACGCUUUCACUAUCCCUGGCCAACUAUGGCAGACCAAGCGACCCGGGACGCCCAAAAAGCUCGGAACACCAAAGUGAAACUGACCGAGAGUACCUGAGGUGUCCUGAAUCUUUUCUGCCCCCUCUUUUAGCAGCAGAGCGGUUCAGAAUUGGAAUUGGUGCAGCUGCAGGAUGGUGGAGUUGUUAUUCAAAAAUAAUCCUCAGAGACCUAUCAGCGACGCUUGCAGGACUCCUCGGUGUGCUCCAGAUUAAAAAACAAAGAAGGAAGAAUGCCAUUUUUUGUUCAUGUCGUCACACCUCUUAACAGCUUGUACAAAACCCCUGGUAUUCAUGUACUUUUCAUGCUAAAACAAUAGAUGAAGUGACUAUCCUCCAUUUGAUCUCCUUGGUAUGACCUAAUUCAGUCAUCUCAGAUCAUCAGUGUGGGAUGAAGCACUAAAUAACAUUAAGACUAAACUAGCUGCUUUACUGGAUUAAAUCAGAGCAUGGUCUCUGCCUCCUCUUUUAUAUACUGUCCUCUUUUUUUUUUUUGUUUUGCUCUAAUCGCAAAACAGUCCUAAAACUAGACUAUGAAUGUAGGGCACAAGCCAGCCAAGGGCUUCUCAUUUUGUCUUUUGUCAUGCGGGACUGGGAUUUAGAAAUCUUCCAUGAUUUAGGGUACUUGGUGAUGCUUCUGUGCCUCUUGCGAACUGUUUAAAAUAUGUGAUGUAUGUGCCUCUCUCACACUCACUCUCCUUCUGCCUAGCCCUUACUCUCACUUAAAGUAGACUUCUGGAUGUUUUUUUUAUUAUUAUUAUUAUUAUUAUUACUACAAAAUCUUCUUUUGUUAGAUUUCAAUGUAUCUAAGUUGAUCACACAGGCCUCAGGCAAAUCAGUUUUGAUUGAUCAAGAACGUCCGGACAACAAUCAACUCGAGAUGCGCUUUUACAUUAAUAAUAAUAAGGUAUUUCUAUUCUACUCGGCUAUAAUAAUAAAAAAAAAUGAAUGGGGAAAAAUACUUGUAAUGUAUAUUAUGAAUGCUGUUAAUGUUGAUUGUUUUUUCAUUUUUCGACAAUGAUUUGUAUAUGGCGAAGAGAACAUUUGUAAGAUAUGAAAAAGCUGCCAUGUGGCUUCAGCAUUAUCAGUUUAGAGAGUGAGAGUGUGUGUAAAUGUGUGUGUGAGGGAAUGGAAGAGUUAUGGAAACUAAUAAGGUGGGAAGGGUUAAGAAAUAAAGAUUGAACAUCUGCAGAAAUGUUUUUUCUCUUAUUCAAAGGUUGAAAAGUGUCUCAGCGAACACGGAGCCGACAGCACUAUAGAAAAUAUAAUAAUAA